GUCUCGUGUGCGCCCCACAACGCGGGAACUAGGCGAACGCUCCACGCUCCUCCCCUCCUUUCCCCUCGCGCAGCGUCCUGCGCGCAUGCGCUUCGCAGCUUCUCUCGCCGCCGCGCCCCCAGCUGCCCUGGUUACAGUUGGUGUUUGCGAAUUCUCUGCGGCGCCUUCUUCGCGGAACUCCACCCGCGGUUCCAUAUGCGCGCGCCUGCGCCACGUGGGCCGAGGUUCCGUUGCGGCUGCUGGCCGGCGGCUGAGCCGGGAGAAAGGAGCUGCGGCCACCAUUCGCCCUACCUCUGCGCCUCGGGGCGGGCGCGCCGGUAAAAAUGGCGAAAUGGGGGUAGUCGGCGCUGGACCUGAAGAGAUUGGGCGCGCAGGUGGGGCGGUUGUCAGAGCCCCCUGACGUGGGCGCCGGGCUUUUAUCGGCGGUUUGAUCUGGCGACCUCGGGCCGGCGCCUAAGAGGUCAGACUACGGAGCCUGUGGGUCGCCAACGGCCCCGCCGAGAGCCGGAGGCAAUGGAUGAACAGAGCGUGGAGAUCAUUGCUGAGGUUUUCCGAUGUUUCAUCUGUAUGGAGAAAUUGCGGGAUGCACGCCUGUGUCCUCAUUGCUCCAAGCUGUGUUGUUUCAGCUGUAUUAGGCGCUGGCUGACAGAGCAGAGAGCUCAAUGUCCUCAUUGCCGUGCUCCACUCCAGCUACGAGAACUAGUAAAUUGUCGUUGGGCAGAAGAAAUAACACAACAGCUUGAUACUCUUCAACUCUGCAGUCUCACCAAACAUGAAGAAAAUGAAAAGGAUAAAUGUGAAAAUCACCAUGAAAAACUUAGUGUAUUUUGCUGGACUUGUAAGAAGUGUAUCUGCCAUCAGUGUGCACUUUGGGAAGGAAUGCAUGGCGGACAUACCUUUAAACCUUUGGCAGAAAUUUAUGAGCAACAUGUCACUAAAGUGAAUGAAGAGGUAGCCAAACUUCGUCGGCGUCUCAUGGAACUGAUCAGCUUAGUUCAAGAAGUGGAAAGGAACGUAGAAGCUGUAAGAAAUGCAAAAGAUGAGCGUGUUCGGGAAAUUAGGAAUGCAGUGGAGAUGAUGAUUGCACGGUUAGACACACAGCUGAAGAAUAAGCUUAUAACACUGAUGGGUCAGAAGACAUCUCUAACCCAAGAAACAGAGCUUUUGGAAUCCUUACUUCAGGAGGUGGAGCACCAGUUGCGGUCUUGUAGUAAGAGUGAGUUGAUAUCUAAGAGCUCAGAGAUCCUUAUGAUGUUUCAGCAAGUUCAUCGGAAGCCCAUGGCAUCUUUUGUUACCACUCCUGUUCCACCAGACUUUACCAGUGAAUUAGUGCCAUCUUACGAUUCAGCUACUUUUGUUUUAGAGAAUUUCAGCACUUUGCGUCAGAGAGCAGAUCCUGUUUACAGUCCACCUCUUCAAGUUUCAGGACUUUGCUGGAGGUUAAAAGUUUACCCAGAUGGAAAUGGAGUUGUGCGAGGUUACUACUUAUCUGUGUUUCUGGAACUCUCAGCUGGCUUGCCUGAAACUUCUAAAUAUGAAUAUCGUGUAGAGAUGGUUCACCAAUCCUGUAAUGAUCCUACAAAAAAUAUCAUUCGAGAAUUUGCAUCUGACUUUGAAGUUGGAGAAUGCUGGGGCUAUAAUAGAUUUUUCCGUUUGGACUUACUUGCAAAUGAAGGAUACUUGAAUCCACAAAAUGAUACAGUGAUUUUAAGGUUUCAGGUACGUUCACCAACUUUCUUUCAAAAAUCCCGGGACCAGCAUUGGUACAUUACUCAGUUGGAAGCUGCACAGACUAGUUAUAUCCAACAAAUAAACAACCUUAAAGAGAGACUUACUAUUGAGCUGUCUCGAACUCAGAAGUCAAGAGAUUUGUCACCACCAGAUAACCAUCUUAGCCCCCAAAAUGAUGAUGCUCCAGAGACACGAGCUAAGAAGUCUGCAUGCUCUGACAUGCUUCUCGAGGGUGGUCCUACUACAGCUUCUAUAAGAGAGGUCAAAGAGGAUGAAGAAGAUGAGGAGAAGAUUCAGAAUGAAGAUUAUCAUCACGAGCUUUCAGAUGGAGAUCUGGAUCUGGAUCUUGUUUAUGAGGAUGAAGUAAAUCAGCUCGAUGGCAGCAGUUCCUCUGCUAGUUCCACAGCAACAAGUAAUACAGAAGAAAAUGAUAUUGAUGAAGAAACUAUGUCUGGAGAAAAUGAUGUGGAAUAUAACAACAUGGAAUUAGAAGAGGGAGAACUCAUGGAAGAUGCAGCUGCUGCAGGACCCGCAGGUAGUAGCCAUGGUUAUGUGGGUUCCAGUAGUAGAAUAUCAAGAAGAACACAUUUAUGCUCUGCUGCUACCAGUAGUUUACUAGACAUUGAUCCAUUAAUUUUAAUACAUUUGUUGGACCUUAAGGACCGGAGCAGUAUAGAAAAUUUGUGGAGCUUACAGCCUCGCCCACCUGCUUCACUUCUGCAGCCCACAGCAUCGUAUUCUCGAAAAGAUAAAGACCAAAGGAAGCAGCAGGCAAUGUGGCGAGUGCCCUCUGAUUUAAAGAUGCUAAAAAGACUCAAAACUCAAAUGGCCGAAGUUCGAUGUAUGAAAACUGAUGUAAAGAAUACACUUUCAGAAAUAAAAAGCAGCAGUGCUGCUUCUGGAGACAUGCAGACAAGCCUUUUUUCUGCUGACCAGGCAGCUCUGGCUGCAUGUGGAACUGAAAACUCUGGCAGAUUACAGGAUUUGGGAAUGGAACUCCUGGCAAAGUCAUCAGUUGCCAAUUGUUACAUACGAAACUCCACAAAUAAGAGGAGUAAUUCACCUAAGCCAGCUCGAUCCAGUGUAGCAGGUAGUCUAUCACUUCGAAGAGCAGUGGACCCUGGAGAAAAUAGUCGUUCAAAGGGAGACUGUCAGACUCUAUCUGAAGGCUCCCCAGGAAGCUCUCAGUCUGGGAGCAGGCACAGUUCUCCCCGAGCCUUGAUACAUGGCAGUAUCGGUGAUAUUCUGCCAAAAACUGAAGACCGGCAGUGUAAAGCUUUGGAUUCAGAUGCUGUUGUGGUUGCAGUUUUCAGUGGCUUGCCUGCUGUUGAGAAAAGGAGGAAAAUGGUCACGUUGGGGGUUAAUGCUAAAGGAGGUCAUCUGGAAGGACUGCAGAUGACUGAUUUGGAAAAUAAUUCUGAAACUGGAGAGUUACAGCCUGUACUACCUGAAGGAGCUUCAGCUGCCCCUGAAGAAGGAAUGAGUAGCGACAGUGACAUUGAAUGUGACACUGAGAAUGAGGAGCAGGAAGAGCACACCAGCGUGGAUACACAUUCCAGUUUUCCUGAUGGUGAACAAAUAGGCCCUGAAGAUCUCAGCUUCAAUACAGAUGAAAAUAGUGGAAGGUAAUUGCCAAAUCAAGAGAACUGACUUGCAAGCUACCUUGACCCUGAAUUUUGCUGUAGUUGGUGCUCAAAUUUGUCAUCAGUCAGAUAAUCAGAUUUGGUCUUAUUUUUUCAUUAUCUCGACCUAUUGAAAUAGUAAUUUGGAAACUGUUGGAAGGUGGCACAGUUUAGUCUAAGACAGCAGUAGUACAUGGGAAAAACAGUAUGGGAAGAGUUCUUUGUAUUGUAAGGAAAUAACAAUGUAGUUCUCUAUUAAUUUAGCAAAUUUGUACAUUCACAAAAGGCAGUUUGUCUACUACAGCAGAAGGCUGGUUAACUGCCAGAAAAUGUACCUCCAGGCCCUGCAUGCCGUCAGUAACCCGCCCGGCAUUGGUGCUCUACUGUCUUUGGCUAGAGCUUAGUUGUGUUUAAAUAAUCAUCUUUAUAUUUGGGGUUCUAAUUACAGUUUAAUUACAGUUCCGUUAGUGCCUGUAGAUUAGUGAACAAUUGCUUUUGAAGAGAUUCUGCCCUGUAGACACUUUAUGUGAAUAACUGAAGUAACACUAGACUGAAUCUCCUUUUUGGAGUAUGUAUCUUCUCUCACUUGUUCAAGUACAGGCACACUGUUUAACCACAUGGAAUCUUUCUGUUGUGUGACUUCUACAAAUGUAAUUUUAAAUGAAUUAAGUCAACGUGGAUUCAUUACGUUCCUGGUCCUGUAGACACAUGUAAUAUUAUUUAAAAUUCUUUCAUUUUUUUUCUGCCUCUUACUAUACGACUGUAGUGCAACAAAUAUUUUAAAGCCCCCUUUUCUUCUUUAUUUUCAUUAGUUGUACAUCGAUUUCAGUGUCAACACAUUUAAAGAUUCAUUCGUGUUGCACAGUGGCUUACAUGAACGUGAAACUGUGAUACAAGGUGUUCUUUCAUACUCAUAAUUAGCCCAAAACAGUUGCCAAACUUUGCCAUUGUGCUCCUGCGUUUGUGUUUGAGCUGCUAUAUAUUUGUGAAAAUUACACUGAAAGUUGACUAAGAGACUAUUGAAAAAGCAUGAAUAAUUAAGUAUCAUGUGAGAGACAUCUCAUCUGCUGUUUUUUACUUAGUGAAUAUUGUUCACUCUUCCGUGUCUGAUGUCUUGCUGAAUGCUGUGACUCAUAGUUUACUUUUGUUCAAAAUAGUUUGCACUUUUUGUUAAUAAAAUCAACUUGAGAAAAUA